AUGGGGACCAUCGAACAGUCCUUUUCCAAAAAUAGUGACAAAGAACAAGAGGCCAAAAAAGAACCCCCCAAAAGUAGUCCCAAAAUUGACAUGAUAAUAUCUUCGCUAAGCGAUAAGGGAUUAAAAAAUUUGGAAAAAAAAGAGCAAAAGCAUAGUGCAGAUGUUAAGGGGGCAUCUGGAAAUGGUCUGAGAGCCCCCAGGAGAGAUAACCUCAACGCAUCAGAAUCCGCAUCAGCAUCAGCAUCCGCGUGUGCGUCGGACAGUGCGAGUGAAAGAAAAGAGAGGAAAAAAAUAGCAAGCUAUUCGAAAGAUAAAAAUGAGGAUUAUUGCAAGUCCAAAAAGGGGGAACACAAACCGGGGACAGGGGAGAGAAAGCCCGGUGAUGAAGAACCAUCCCAAAAGGGAAUUAAAAAAAAGGAAAUGCGAGGUGGUAAAGAUACACGUGACAGCACGGAGGAGGCCAAAUAUAAUGAAAAGACGCCAAGUGGUUCGAAGAAAUGCAAAGACGAAAAGACCCGUCGGGAACGCAAAUCGGAUGGGCACCAUAAGGAUGACACUCUCUCCACAAUUGAUGAAGACGGGAAAAGAGAACACACUUAA